AUGUCAGAGAUUCAGUCCAAAGAUAUCUAUCAUGGCCUCCCGGUCAUUUCUAGAGACAUUAAACAGCUCACGGCCAUUGUCACGGGAGCCAAUGGUAUUUCCGGCAAUCAUCAGCUGAAAGUCCUUUGCGAAAACCCUCGUCGGUGGCAGAAGAUUUACGCUCUCUCUAGAAGGCCGCCCCAUGGCUCAUGGCCCGAUCAUGUCGAGCAUAUAUCGGUUGAUCUAAUGCAGUCCCCGGAAACAGUUGCGGCAGAGUUAGCCAAGAGGGGAGUUCGUGCAGAUUACGUCUUCUUCUUCGCGUAUGCCCAACCGGCCCCCAGAGAAGGAGAAGCGGUUUGGAAUGCAGAUGAGCUAGUUGUUGUGAACAAAAAAAUGCUUGUCAACUUCCUCGAGGGCCUGGCAUUGAACAGCACAAUCCCCAAGCGUGUGUUACUACAGCUAGGCGCCAAGUAUUACGGUCUCCAUCGCGGUCCUACAAGUUUGCCACAGGAGGAAUCGGAUCCUCGAAUCCUGACCGGACCUAAUUUCUACUACGACCAGGAAGACUAUCUACAAGCCUUCGCGAAGCAGCACCAGAUCGGCUGGAACACUACCCGACCGUGUCACAUUGUCGGGGCAGUCCCAGACGCCGCCAUGAACAUGUGCUACCCUUUGGCAGUUUACGCCACGGUUCAAAAGUAUCUCAACCGGCCUCUGGAAUUCCCCGCCGACCUCCAGGCGUGGGAGGCAAUUGUGUCUAUCUCAAGCGCCCGGGCGAAUGGAUACCGCGCAGAGUGGAUCGUAUUGACCGACCAGGCCAAAGACGAGAGUUUCAACACGUCCGAUGACUGCCUCUUCACAUGGGGUAAGUUCUGGCCGAAGCUCGCUGAGCGUUUCCAGAUGCCUUGGACGGGUCCCGAUACGAGCGACAACGCGUCCUAUGAGAUCGCGACCGUUCCAUUUGAUCCACCACGUGGUUUUGGCCCGCCCGGCGCGCUUCGCUUUGCUUUUAGACUUGUGAGCUGGGCGAAGAGGCCGGAGGUUCAAAAGGCGUGGGCGGAGAUUGCGGAGAAGAGUGGGUUGCGUGAGAAGGAGUUUCGGGAUAUUGACCGCGUCUUUGGCUUCAUUGACUUGAUCAUCGCUACAGAUUAUUCGAUUUCUUUGAGUACGACCAAAGCUAAGAAGAUGGGAUAUUUUGGGUUUGUUGAUUCGACAGAGUCCAUUCUACGCGCUGUGGAGGAAUUUGUGGGUCUGCGGAUGCUUCCGCCCCUACCUUGA